UCUCUCUGUCUCUCUCUCCUCUGUAUCUGCCUGUCUUUCCGUGUCUCUCUCUCUCUUUCGGCAUCCGCCUGUCUCUGCUCUGUGUCUGCCCGUCUUCUCUCUCGCUCUGCUCCGCCCUGCGUGUGUCGGUCUCUCCUCCUCCUCCGUGCCCGGUGAGCAGGCUGGGAUUGUUGGAGGGACGGAGGGAGGGCGGAGUCUCGCCUCCAUUGUCUGCGUUUCUGCAGCCGGACGGCCCGGCCCGGCCCGUUUCCUUCGCCUUUCUCUCUCUCCGUCCCUCUCGUCUCCUCUGCGCCGCCUCCCCUCCCUCCCUCCGUCUUCUCUCUGUUCCCCCACCCCGUCCCUCCUGCACUCUCUGCCCCGUCUCCGUGCCUUGCCCCUCUCCGCCCCUCCCUGCACAUCGAUGGCAGCCAGCAAGACGUUCGGCCUGAAGCCGGUGAAGUUCCAACUGCAGGAAGGAGACGACUGGUUCAUGAUCGGCUCCGAGUUGGACCUGCGGUGAGAGGUUUAUUGGAAGAAAAGCCCGUGACCGAAAGCAAACCACAACUGAAGACAAGGGAACAGUAACAAGGAACCAACCGGAGGACUGAAAGCACCAACUCGAGGGAACCCUUCUGACUCGGAGUUAACACUGGCUCAGUCAGGAGAAAGUUUGGUCAUUGCCAGCAGGUGGGGCUUUCUUCCACUCGGACGGAAGACAAGAAGAAGACAAUCAACCAACGUCAGUCAGAGUCAGAAUGGACACAGAUCUGAACUCCGCAAUCUCCGCCUUCCUGUCAAAUUGUGAGGAUCACCACCUGCUACGGUUGACGCGAUUCUACAUGGAGCGAUUGGAGCAGGCAAUUGAGGAGGGUGUGGAGGGAGUCAGCUUCAUGUUAAUGGGCGAGGAUCACCUCACCGGGCUAGAGUAUCAUAGCGUGACUGAGCUCGCCGAGAAGGGGAACCGAGCAGACGCUUCCAAACUCCUCCUGGAUCUGGUGAUGGAGAAGGGCUCCGGGGCCCGGAAGGUGAUGUGGGAAUCCUUUGUGAAAUUACAUCAUCAUUUACCGAAGCUGAGCAGAAUAUUGAAUGAAAUACGGGAACGUGGUGAAGGCCAGGUCGCCUACAUGGACACUGAGCGGGGUUUAUCUGAAGUGCCCAAGCAUCUGAAAGAUGUUCGAAGGAAACACAAGGAGACUCUGCGGGCACAAACUGAAACACUGAGAGUGAACACGAUCCUGAUGAGGGAGAAGGUGAAGGUUUUCCAGCUGGUUGAUCGAUACGUUGAGCUCACGGUCAUUUCUACUGUUCGAGAUCGGAGACUGGUGGAACAUGAGCUGUUAGCAAGAGGCAGAGCCCACGAAGAAUUGAGAGAGAAACAUCUCCACAGAGAGCUGGAAAAAAUCCGGAUACAUCAGUUAUUCAAGAGGAGUUUUCUUAAACAAUUUAAAAGACCUAACAUGGAAAAAAAAUCUGGGAUGUCCACAGCGGUGGCCGGCGUUCCAGGGAUCGGAAAAACAACAAUGGUACAAAAGAUUGUUUAUGACUGGGCCACAGGGAAAAUAUAUCAACAAUUCCAGUUUGUCUUCAGUUUCAAAUUCCGCGAUUUAAACACCAUUAACUGCAGAAUAAACAUGAAGGAACUGAUUCUGGAUCAGUAUCCUUACUUUGGGAAUAUUCUGAGAGAGGUCUGGAAGAACCCAGAGGGAUUGCUGUUUAUAUUUGAUGGUUUGGAUGAAUUCAAUGACAGAAUUGAUUUUGCUGACAGCCGGAGAAACACAGAACCUCAGCCCACAUGCACAGAUCCUGAAUUCAAGUGCAAAGUGUCUGACAUUGUGUACAGUUUAAUCCAGGGCAAGCUGCUCCCAGGGUGUUCAGUGCUGGUGACCACCCGCCCCACUGCGUUACAUUUAUUGGAAAAGGCUGAGAUCAGUGUCUGGGCUGAAAUCCUGGGAUUUUCUGGUGAGGAACGGAAAAAAUAUUUCAUCAGGCAUUUUGAAGAUAAAAUGGUGGCGGCAGCUGUUGUCAAACAUGUGAAGGAGAACGAGAUCCUGUACACCAUGAGCUACAACCCCUCCUACUGCUGGAUCCUCGCUCUGGCACUGGGCCCCUUCUUCACACAAAGAGACAGGGACCCCCAGCAAGUUCCCAAGACUAUCACCCAACUGUACUCCUACUAUAUUUACAACAUCCUGAAAAACCACGGCCGUGAGAUUGAGAACCCCCGUGAUGUGUUACUCAGGGUUGGUCAGUUGGCCUUCAGAGGAGUGUCCGGAAGGAAAAUUGUGUUUACAGAUGUAGAUUUGAUCAAGUACAAUCUGCAGCCUUCCCAGUUCCUGUCCGGGUUCCUGAUGGAGCUUUUGGAGAGACAGGAUUCUGCCCGGAGCGUGGUGUACACAUUCCCACACCUCACCAUCCAAGAGUUUGUAGCUUCAGUCGCACAAUUCCUGAAUCCACAUCCCGGGGAUAUCCUGAAAUUCCUCACUGAAGCCCACAACACAACAGAUGGGCGAUUUGAGGUAUUCCUCCGAUUUCUUGCUGGUCUCACCUCCCCAAUGACAACUCGGGGCCUGGAGGAGUUUCUGGGUCCAUUUCCCAAUGAAACAACCUGCCGGGUGAUUGACUGGGUGAAGGAGGAGGUUAAACGUCAGAUUGGAAACACAUGGAGUGAAGCUGGUAAAAGGAGCUUUCUGAACACAUUGCACUACCUGUUUGAGUCUCAGAAUAGUGGACUGGCUCAGGCCGCACUGGGAUCUGUGGAAACACUUUCAUUCAGUGGAAUGACACUGACCCCGAUUGACUGUGCAGUCCUGUCUCAUGUCAUCAGACUCUGUGAUACAAUAAAACACCUCGACCUUGAGAACUGCCUCAUUCAUUGCGAAGGAAUCCAGCGGCUGGGACCCGGGCUGCACAAGUGCCAGGAGUUGAGCCUUGGUUGGAAUAAACUGGGAGAUUCAGAAGUGAAACUGGUGUCUGCAGCUCUGAGGAACACAGAGUGUAAAAUACAGAAACUGAGGCUGAGGAAUGUCGGUCUCACAGAUUCUGGAGCCGAGGAUCUCGCCUCCGCUCUCAGUACAAACCCAUCACUGACGGAGCUGAACCUGAGUGAUAAUAAACUCGGAGAUUCAGGAGUGAAACUGGUGUCUGCGGCUCUGAGGAACCCGGAGUGUAAAAUACAGAAACUGAGGUUGGGGGGAGUCAGUCUCACAGAUUCUGAUGCCGAGGAUCUCAUCUCUGCUCUCAGUACAAAACCAUCACUGAGGGAGUUGAGCCUGGGAUGGAACUCGCUCACAGACCGAUGGGUCCCUGCCCUCCGCCGCUUCAUACUGACCCUCCCGAGUCUGCAGCGGAUAGAGUUGCUGGGGAAUCAGUUUGGAGAGAAAGGGAGGAACGAACUGAGAGCUCUGCAGGAACCCAGACCUGGAUUGACCGUGCACCUGUGAACAUCAGAAUGUGUUAACAUCACAGGGUCAGACACAGGGUGAAGCUCCUUCCACUCCGUCCCAUCACACAUUCCCGGGGUCAAGCACAGUGUGAAGCAACCUCACACCAUCCUGUCACAUACUCCCGGGGACAGACUCAGAGUGAAACUCCCUCCACACCGUCCCAUCACAUACUCCUGGGGAUAGACACGGAAGAGGAUGGGAGUGGGCAGAAACGGGCAGGGGGAUAUAAAUGGGAAUCACAACCAUAGCAGUUAACAAUCAAAUUUGAGUUCUAGGCUCGAGAAGUAGCCCAGGAUGAAAUCAAAGUUGAGGAUAAUUUUGGAGAACGGAACUCCACCCCUUCCCGUCAUCUCCCACGGUCCGCAGUCCUCACAGGACGCCGUCCGUUCCCGUCCACUCACACGGACCGUGAUCCCAAAUAAAUUUCACUCUUUCUCAUUCAUUGUCACUAUCGACACUCCCAAUGAGACCACCCCUUCCCAUUCACUCCACUCAUCCGCAUUCCUAAUGGGACGCAUCCCUACUCAUUCGCUUGAUUCGUCCAUACUUCCAAUGGGCCCCGUCCCUUCUCAUUCAGUCCCACUGUUUGCCUGCCUGUGGGCUUCGCCCCUUCCAAUUUACUCCCCACUGUCUGAUCACUCCCAUUCAGUCCUGUCGUCCGAUCUCCCAGUGGGAUCUGGCCCUUCCCAUUACCCCCACUAUCUGCCUCCCAGUGGGACUCCAUUCAGAUUAUUUCCAACGGGAAUGGGAUUAUGGAAAUUGGCGAGAACGCCAGAAUUCAGUAUUUGACCGAACUGGGUGCGGAGUUUACAAAAUUUGACGUUUAUUAGUUACACGGAACGUCGAGGGUGCUGUGGAUGUUGACGGCUUUGUUACACUGACGAUGGUCAUCUCCUGGCGGAGACGGCGGAUAGGAUCGGACUGAAGGACCUUCGGCACGUCUUCCUGAAGAUGGCGGGGGUUGGUGGACCAUGUGAGAGAGGUUUAUGGUUUCCGUGUCCCAAGGCCGGGUGAUUCAUCGCGCCCGGUUCCCGGUGUCCACAUAGCACACAGGAAGUUAUACUUGGCACGGUCCCCGCUCUUCAUAACGUGGCUGGGAAUUUUGCCAGGCACAGUUCCCGAUCUCUGUCUCCACACUGAGAGUUUUACCGCACACGGUGUCGUGUCUCUGUAUCGACACCGGGAAUAUUACCGCACACGUUUCCUGGUGUCUGUAUCCUCCUCUCUCCACGACACUCGGAGUGAUGACGCACAGGAUCCGGUGAUGAGGAUGUCGGAUCGGUCUCUAUUGUUUGCGAUAUAUUUAUUAUUUGUGAUAAACAGUCUGCACAAUCGAGUGGAGGGUGGUCGAGAGUGUCUGUCCUGCGAGGGGCUCCUGAUUGAAAAUGGUGAAUAGGGAGGGAACGACAGAAGGAUUUAGAAUGUUCACUAGACAGGGAGUGAAAGGUUGACUGAAAAUGGUCUCCGGGGAGAAAGUGAUGGGCUGAGUGACAAUGGGCGCCAGGGAGGGGGCGAUGGGCGGAAUUAAGAUGGCCGUGGUCACCACGUUUCUCAGGGCUGACAGGGAGGGAGUUAUACACUGACAAGAGAAUGGGAGUGACAGGCAGAGUUCAAAUGACCGACAGGGUGGGGACUGAAAGUUAUCACCGGGGGUGAUACCGGGAGGAGACAGCGGGAGUUAUUUGCUGAUUAAAAAUAGGUUUCUGGAUUAAAGCCAGAAUAUAAAACUAUCACCCGGGGAGAUCGACGCGCACGUUGAAAAUCGUCACCAGGGAGGAAGGGAGGGCUGCACUGUGAGAAAAUGGACGCCAGAAGGUGACAGGUCAGAGAGCGUGGCGGCCCGACCUGAAAUAGUCCUAGAUUCCUUUGCUAUAAUGGCCUGCAGGGAGAGAGUGAUGGACAGAAUUCAAAUGGCCAACAUUGCUUAAUUUACAUUUGUCAUGAUGAAAUCAAUAAACCGCUGUAACUUCCUGUCCUGGUGUCGGACUCGAGUUUUAUUUGAGGUUUCUGCUGCCCCCCGCACCCUGUG